GGGGAGCUGGGAUGGGAAUCCGCGGACGCAGCCAUUGAGCGAGGGAGGUCGGCCAUCGGGCCGGGUUCCCCACAGCGCUCGGGACGCUGGGUUGUGCACUGGGGCUCUGGGCCCCGAAGAGGAGCGUCCUCCCACUCCUGCGCCUUGCUUCUCUGUGCCCCGGGGACCCUGCCUGGGCGCCCCCCGCCGGCGCGAUGGCCUGUCCAAAGUGGCUGCUGGCCAUGCUCCCUCUGUGCCUUGUCCCGCUGCUCCUUCUCCCAGUGGCAGGGGGUGCAGGUGGCAGCAGGUCCUUCCGUGCCUUUGUGGUGACAGACACCACGCUCACCCACCUGGCUGUGCACCGAGUGACUGGGGAGGUGUUUGUGGGUGCAGUGAACCGAGUCUUCAAGCUGGCCCCCAACCUGACCGAGCUUCGGGCCCAUGUAACGGGGCCUGUGGAGGACAAUGCCCGUUGCUACCCACCCCCGAGUAUGCGUGUGUGUGCUCACCGCCUGCUGCCCGUGGACAACGUGAACAAGUUACUACUCAUAGACUAUGCGGCCCGUCGCCUGGUGGCCUGUGGCAGCAUCUGGCAGGGUAUUUGCCAGUUCCUGCGCCUGGAUGACCUCUUCAAGCUGGGGGAGCCACACCAGCGGAAGGAGCACUACCUGUCAGGGACGCAGGAGCCGGACUCCGUGGCCGGGGUCAUUGUGGAGCAGGGCCAGGGGCCCAGCAAGCUGUUCGUGGGCACUGCUGUGGACGGCAAGUCGGAGUACUUCCCUACCUUGAGCUCGCGCAAGCUCAUUGGCGACGAGGAUAGUGCCGAUAUGUUCAGUCUGGUGUACCAGGACGAGUUCGUGUCCUCGCAGAUCAAGAUCCCCUCUGACACGCUGUCCCUCUACCCUGCCUUUGACAUCUACUACAUCUAUGGCUUUGUGAGCGCCUCCUUUGUGUACUUUCUGACGCUGCAGCUGGAUACCCAGCAGACGCUGCUGGACACGGCAGGCGAGAAGUUCUUCACCUCCAAGAUUGUGCGCAUGUGUACAGGGGACUCGGAGUUCUACUCGUACGUGGAGUUCCCCAUCGGCUGCUCCUGGCGUGGUGUGGAGUACCGCUUGGUGCAAAGUGCUCACCUGGCCAAGCCCGGCCUGCUGCUGGCCCAGGCACUGGGCGUGCCAGCCGACGAGGACGUCCUCUUCACCAUCUUCUCCCAGGGCCAGAAGAACCGGGCCAGCCCGCCUCGGCAGACCAUCCUCUGCCUCUUUACGCUCAGCAACAUCAACGCGCACAUCCGGCGCCGCAUCCAGUCCUGUUACCGUGGGGAGGGCACGCUGGCCUUGCCCUGGCUACUGAACAAGGAGCUACCCUGCAUCAACACUCCCAUGCAGAUCAAUGGAAACUUCUGCGGGCUGGUCCUGAAUCAGCCCCUGGGUGGCCUGCACGUGAUCGAGGGGCUGCCCCUGCUGGCCGACAGCACCGAUGGCAUGGCCAGCGUGGCCGCCUACACCUACCGCCAGCACUCUGUGGUGUUCAUUGGCACACGCAGCGGCAGUCUAAAGAAGGUGCGGGUUGAUGGCACCCAGGAUGCCUACCUCUAUGAAACGGUCCCUGUGGUAGAUGGCAGCCCCAUCCUGCGAGACCUGCUCUUCAGCCCUGACCACCACCACAUCUACCUCCUGAGUGAGAAGCAGGUGAGCCAGCUCCCUGUGGAGACCUGCGAGCAGUACCUGAGCUGCGCGGCCUGCCUGGGUUCGGGAGAUCCGCACUGCGGCUGGUGCGUGCUGCAGCACAGGUGCUGCCGGGAAGGGGCCUGUCCAGGCGCCUCUGCCCCUCAUGGUUUUGCUGAAGAGCUGAGUAAGUGUGUCCAGGUGCGGGUCCGACCCAACAACGUGUCGGUGACAUCACCUGGGGUGCAGCUGAUGGUAGCCGUGCACAACGUGCCAGACCUCAGUGCGGGAGUGAGCUGUGCCUUCGGUGAGGGGAUGGAGAGCGAGGCCGUCCUACUGGCAUCGGGGGAGCUGCGCUGCCCUUCGCCCUCCCUCCAAGAACUGCAGGCUCUCACCAGAGGCCACGGGGCCACACGCACCGUGCGGCUGCAGCUGCUUGCCAAGGAGACCGGUGUGAAGUUCGCCAGUGCUGACUUUGUUUUCUACAACUGCAGUGUUCUUCAGUCGUGCAUGUCUUGUGUGGGUAGCUCUUACCCCUGCCACUGGUGUAAGUACCGCCACGUGUGUACCAGCCACCCCCACGAGUGCUCUUUCCAGGAGGGCAGGGUCCACAGCCCCGAGGGCUGCCCCGAGCUCCUUCCUCGGGGGGACCUCCUGAUCCCUGUGGGGGUCAUGCAGCCCCUCACCCUGCGAGCGAAGAACCUGCCACAGCCGCAGUCGGGCCAGAAGAACUACGAGUGUGUGGUGCGGGUGCAGGGGCGGCAGCAGCGGGUGCCUGCCGUGCGCUUCAACAGCAGCAGUGUGCAGUGCCAGAAUGCCUCGUACUCCUACGAAGGUGAUGAGUACGGUGACACCGAGCUGGACUUCUCUGUUGUCUGGGAUGGAGAUUUCCCCAUCGACAAGCCUCCUAGCUUUCGAGCCCUUCUGUACAAGUGCUGGGCACAGCGGCCUAGCUGUGGCCUCUGCCUCAAAGCCGACCCUCGCUUCAAUUGCGGCUGGUGCGUCUCGGAGCACAGGUGCCAGCUGCGGGCGCACUGCCCAGCCCCCAGAACCAACUGGAUGCACCCAAGCCAGAAGGGCACCCGGUGCAGCCACCCCCGCAUCAGCCAGAUCCACCCACUCAUGGGACCCAAGGAGGGGGGCACCCGGGUCACCGUCGUGGGUGAGAACCUGGGCCUCGCCUCGCGGGAGGUCAGCCUGCGGGUGGCCGGUGUGCGCUGCAACUCCAUCCCCACCGAGUAUGUCAGCGCCGAGAGGAUUGUCUGUGAGAUGGAGGAGUCGCUGGUGCCCAGCCCGCCGCCAGGGCCUGCCGAGCUCUGUGUUGGCGACUGUUCUGCUGACUUCCGCACGCAGUCUGAGCAGUUGUACAGCUUCGUGACCCCAACCUUUGACCGAGUGAGUCCCACUCGGGGCCCGGCCUCAGGGGGCACACGGCUCACCAUUUCUGGCCGCUCUCUGGAUGCUGGCAGCAGUGUGACAGUGACUGUGAGAAAUGGCGAAUGUCAGUUUGUCAGGAGAGAUGCUGAGGCGAUCGUGUGUAUCUCGCCCGUCUCCGCCCUGGGCCCCAGCCAGGCCCCCAUCACCCUCGCCAUUGACCAUGCCAACAUCUCCAGCCCUGGGGUCAUCUACACCUACACUCAGGACCCCACCGUCACGCACCUCGAGCCCACCUGGAGUAUCAUCAACGGAAGCACUGCCAUCACUGUGAGCGGGACCCACCUACUGACGAUCCAGGAGCCCCGGGUCCGGGCCAAGUACCGUGGCAUCGAGACCACCAACACGUGCCAGGUGAUCAACGACACUGCCAUGCUGUGUAAGGCCCCCGGCAUCUUCCUCGGGCGGCCCCAGCCUCGGGCACAGGGCGAGCAUCCGGAUGAGUUCGGCUUCCUGCUGGACCAUGUGCAGACGGCCCGCUCCCUCAACCGCUCCUCCUUCACGUACUACCCUGACCCCAGCUUUGAACCUCUCGGGCCCUCUGGGGUCCUGGAUGUCAAGCCUGGAUCCCAUGUUGUGCUGAAGGGCAAGAAUCUGAUCCCUGCGGUGGCUGGCAGCUCCCGCCUCAACUACACAGUACUGAUCGGGGGCCAGCCGUGUGCACUUACGGUGUCUGACACACAGCUGCUGUGUGACUCGCCCCGCCAGACGGGUCGCCAGCCUGUUAUGGUGCUGGUGGGUGGCCUGGAGUUCUGGCUGGGCACCCUGCACAUCACAGCUGAGCGGGCGCUCACCCUGCCAGCCCUGGUGGGGCUGGCGGUUGGCGGUGGGCUCCUGCUGCUAGCCAUCGCUGCUGUGCUGCUCGCCUACAAGCGCAAGACACAGGACGCAGACCGCACGCUGAAGCGGCUGCAGCUGCAGAUGGACAACCUGGAGUCCCGCGUGGCGCUGGAGUGCAAGGAAGCCUUUGCGGAGCUGCAGACGGACAUCCACGAGCUGACGAGUCACAUGGAUGGUGUGCAGAUCCCCUUCCUGGACUAUCGCACCUAUGCCGUGCGUGUGCUCUUCCCCGGCAUCGAGGCCCACCCGGUGCUCAAGGAGUUAGAUACUCCGCCCAGCGUGGAGAAGGCCCUGCGCCUCUUUGGGCAGCUGCUGCACAGCCGGGCCUUUGUGCUUACCUUCAUCCACACGCUGGAGGCCCAGAGCAGCUUCUCCAUGCGUGACCGUGGCACUGUGGCCUCGCUUACCAUGGUGGCGCUGCAGAGCCGGCUCGACUAUGCCACCGGGCUGCUCAAGCAGCUGCUGGCUGACCUCAUAGAGAAGAACCUGGAGAGCAAGAAUCAUCCAAAGCUGUUGUUGCGCAGGACUGAGUCGGUGGCGGAGAAGAUGCUUACCAACUGGUUCACACUCCUGCUGCACAAGUUCCUGAAGGAGUGCGCGGGGGAGCCUCUCUUCCUGCUGUACUGCGCCAUCAAGCAGCAGAUGGAGAAGGGCCCCAUCGACGCCAUCACAGGCGAGGCCCGCUACUCCCUGAGCGAGGACAAGCUCAUCCGGCAGCAGAUCGACUACAGGACGCUGACGCUGCACUGCAUGUGCCCCGAGAGCGAGGGUGGCAGCCAGGUCCCGGUGAAGGUGCUCAACUGUGACAGUGUUACCCAAGCCAAAGACAAGCUGCUGGAUGCUGUGUACAAGGGCAUCCCCUACUCGCAGCGCCCCAAAGCCGAGGACAUGGACCUGGAGUGGCGCCAGGGCCGCAUGGCUCGCAUCAUCCUCCAGGAUGAGGAUGUCACCACAAAGAUUGAGUGUGACUGGAAGAGGGUCAACUCCCUGGCCCACUACCAGGUGACAGAUGGUUCCUUAGUAGCCCUGGUGCCCAAACAAGUGUCCGCCUACAACAUGGCCAACUCCUUCACCUUCACUCGCUCCCUCAGCCGUUAUGAGAGCUUGCUCCGCACCACCAGCAGCCCCGACAGCCUCCGCUCACGGGCACCAAUGAUCACGCCCGACCAGGAGACGGGCACCAAGCUGUGGCAUCUGGUGAAGAACCACGACCAUGCCGACCACCGGGAGGGGGACCGUGGAAGCAAGAUGGUUUCAGAGAUCUACCUAACGCGCCUGCUGGCCACCAAGGGCACGCUGCAGAAGUUUGUAGAUGACCUCUUUGAGACCGUGUUCAGCACAGCCCACCGGGGCUCGGCACUGCCCCUCGCUAUCAAAUACAUGUUCGACUUCCUGGACGAGCAGGCUGACCAGCGGCAGAUCAGUGACCCUGAUGUGCGCCACACCUGGAAGAGCAACUGCCUGCCCCUGCGUUUCUGGGUGAACGUGAUCAAGAACCCGCAGUUCGUGUUCGACAUCCACAAGAGCAGCAUCACGGAUGCCUGCCUGUCCGUGGUGGCCCAGACCUUCAUGGACUCCUGCUCCACGUCGGAGCACCGCCUGGGCAAGGACUCGCCCUCCAACAAGCUGCUGUAUGCCAAGGACAUCCCCAACUACAAGAGCUGGGUGGAGAGGUACUAUCGAGACAUCGCGAAGAUGGCAUCCAUCAGUGACCAGGACAUGGACGCCUACCUGGUGGAGCAGUCCCGUCUGCAUGCCAAUGACUUCAAUGUCCUAAGUGCGCUCAGUGAGCUCUACUUCUAUGUCACCAAGUACCGCCAGGAGCUCCUCACCGCUCUGGACAGAGACGCCUCCUGUCGGAAGCACAAGCUGCGCCAGAAGCUUGAGCUGAUCAUCAGCCUCGGGUCCAGCAGCAGCUGAGGGUGGGGGGUGGGCGAGGAGGGGGCUUCUGGUUCCUGAGCCGGCCUCCUAUCAUCGUCACAGGCCGGGCUUGCGCCCGCCUGGGUCCCCAGGUGUUGUGGGGGAGGCCACCAGGCCAUGGUGCCCCUGGCGUACCUGGGCCCCUUCCUUAGUGCCUUGAUUUGGGCCCUGCGGGGGGAGGUGGUGACAGGACCAAGCCCUCUCCCCGGCAGCAGCAAUGCCACACCCUCCUGGCCCUGAGCGCAGAGGCUGGAGACACCCCGCCCUCUGUGCUACUUAUCCCUUGACCGCCUAUUUAUUAAAUUUAACGUCCACCUGGA